AUGAAGACACGGUUCAUAAGUAUAGUACAACAUUAUUUCCAUUCGGUUAAUUCUAAAGAGAAAUAUGAACAUGAAACACGAGUAGUGUCAUCUUCAUAUUUCAGCAGUUUUUCAUCGGUAAUUACUAGAACAAAACAUUCACAAUUUUCAACUGUUCUCAUUGGUUUCAAAAAAAGUGAUAUUCUCAAUGUGAAACAUAUCUCAUAUUUGUGUUGA